AACCAGGCCUUCUACAGACAGUGUACUGCUUUACAUAUUCGGACAUGGCUGAAUCAGGAGAAAGCGAAGAUGAAAUCCAAUUUCUACGUACGAAUGAUGAGGUGGUGCUGCAGUGCAUCUUCACAUCCCAACAGGAGCAUCUGAAACUGUGCCUGGCUGCAGAGGGCUUUGGCUGCAGACUCUGCUGUCUGGAGUCCACUUCCAACUGCAAGAAUGUUCCUCCAGACCUGUCGGUGUGUUCCUUUGUGCUGGCCCAGUGUCUGUCUGUCAGAGCUCUGCAGGAGAUGCUGGCUAACAGGGAGGACCAAGCAGCAGGGGCUGGUCAGGGAGGUGGUCAUCGCACCCUCCUCUACGGUCAUGCUGUACUGCUCAUACACUCCUACAGCAGGAUGUAUCUUUGCUGUUUGUCCACAUCCCAGUCUUCGACAGAUAAGCUAGCAUUUGAUGUUGGUCUGCAGGAUGAUAAAACAGGUGAGGCAUGCUGGUGGACAAUUCACCCGGCAUCCAAGCAGAGGUCAGAGGGGGAGAAGGUCCGUGUCGGGGACGACCUCAUCCUGGUCAGUGUGUCAUCUGAGAGAUACCUGCAUUUGUCCUAUGGGAGUGUGAUAGACAAUACGAGUGAAAGUGGCAGUCUUAUUGUGGACGCAGCCUUCCAGCAGACCCUCUGGCGAGUCGCCCCCAUCUGUUCUGGGAGUGGAGUUGCUCAAGGGUAUCUGAAGGGCGGGGACACAUUGAGGCUGCUGCAUGGACACACAGACGAAUGUCUGACUGUCCCGUCUACAGACCAGGGGGAGGAGCUACGCAAAAUGGUGCACUACGAGGGUGGAGCAGUGUCGAGUCAUGCCCGCUCUCUCUGGAGGCUGGAGAUCCUGCGUGUUGCCUGGAGUAGUAGCCACACACGCUGGGGUCAGCCAUUCAGGCUCCGCCAUGUCACCACAGGGAGGUACUUGAGUCUGACCGAGGAGAGAGGCCUUCACCUGGUGGACAGGGAGAGGGCCGACGUGAAGUCCACAUCCUUCUGCUUCCGACCCUCCAAGGAGAAGCUAGAAUGUGGCCCAAAGAAGGACACUGAUGGUAUGGGUGCCUCAGAGAUCAAGUAUGGAGACUCCUUGUGCUACGUCCAGCAUGUGGACUCUGGUCUGUGGCUCACCUACCAAGCCAUUGAUGCCAAGUGUGCCCGCUUGGGAGCGGUGCAGCGCAAGGCCAUUAUGCACAAUGAGGGUCACAUGGAUGAUGGUCUGAGCCUGUCCCGUUCUCAGUGGGAGGAGUCCCACACGGCCAGACUCAUCCGCAGCACCGUCCUCCUCUUCACAGGCUUCAUCAGGAGACUUGAUGGUCUCAGUCAGCAAGCGAACAUCCCCUCCUUCAACCUGCCACUGGAGAUAGUGGCCCUAAGUUUGCAGGAUCUGAUUGGCUACUUCCAGCCACCUGGGGAGGGGCUAGGACAUGAGGCUAGGCAGAACAGUGUGCGAGCUCUGAAGAACAGACAGAAUCUAUUUCAAGAGGAGGGGGUCAUCGCUUUAGUUCUUGACUGCAUUGACCGUUUACACCUAUACAGCAGUGCCUCUCAUUUUGCUGCAGCUGCUGGGAAGGAGGCAGGUGAUGACUGGGAGAACAUCCUCAACUCCUUCUAUGAACUACUGGCUGUUCUUAUCAGGGGAAAUCGUAGGAACUGUGCCCAGUUCUCAGGCUCCCUGGACUGGCUGGUGAGCAGGCUGGAGAGACUGGAGGCCUCCACUGGUGUCCUGGAGGUUUUACACUGUGUCCUUGUGGAGAGUCCUGAGACUCUCAACUUUAUAAGGGAAGGACACAUUAAAUCCAUCAUCUCUCUACUCGAUAAGCAUGGGCGGAACCAUAAGGUCCUGGAUGUGCUGUGUUCUCUCUGUGUGUGUCAUGGUAUGGCAGUGCGUUCCAACCAGCAUCUGAUCUGUGAUAACCUGCUACCAGAGCGAGACCUGCUUCUCCAGACUCGCCUUGUCAACCAGGUCACCAGCAUGAGGCCCAACAUCUUCCUGGCCCUCGGUGAUGACUCGGCCCAGCACAGGAGGUGGUACUAUGAGAUGACUGUAGACCAGGUGGAGCCCUUCCUCACGGCUGAGCCCACUCACCUGCGUGUGGGCUGGGCCAACAAGGAGGGUUACAACCCCUAUCUCACGGGUGGAGAGGCCUGGGGGGGCAACGGGGUAGGAGAUGACCUCAGCUCCUAUGGCUUUGACGGGCUGUACCUCUGGUCAGGCUGUGUUGGCCGGAGAGUGAGCUCUCCCUAUCACCACCUUCUGAGGGAGGACGAUGUGGUCAGCUGCUGCAUUGACCUCGUUGCCACCUGUAUCUCCUUCCGGGUCAAUGGGCAGCCGGUCCAGGGCAUGCUGGAGAACUUCAACACUGACGGACUGCUCUUCCCAGUGGUCAGCUUCUCGGCUGGUGUCAAGGUGCGUUUUCUGCUGGGUGGGAGACAUGGAGAGUUCCAUUUCCUGCCCCCUCCAGGCUUCGCCCCGUGUUCCGAGGCUCUGCUCCCCAGGGUGAAGCUGAGGGUGGAGCCGUGUCAGGACUUCACCCAGGAGCAAUACCUUCUGGGCCCCACUGUACCCCUCACCCCAGCAACCUUUACCCCUAGUCCAGUAGACAUCAGCCAGGUGGUGUUGCCCGUUCAACUGGAGCAUAUCCGUGAGAGACUAGCAGAGAACACCCAUGAGCUGUGGGUCAUGGACAAGAUUGACCUUGGAUGGACCCAUGGAGCUGUGAGAGAUGACAGUAAGAAGCAGGACCCCUGUCUGGUGGAGUUCUCGAGGCUCCCAGAACAGGAGCGAAACCACAGCCUUCAGAUGUCCCAGGACACACUCCGGACUCUCAUUGCCCUUGGUUUGCAUAUUGGACUGGCAGAUGGCCGUGCUGAUGAGGGAGUGAGAUACCUGAGGCUCUCCACCAAGUAUGAGAUGCCUAGUGGGUACAGACCAGCCCCGGUAGACCUGAGCCACAUCAUCCUGAGUCCUGCCCAGGAGGCGGUGGUGGAGCUACUGGCUGAGAACGAUCACAACGUGUGGGCCAGGGACCGGAUCAGGCAGGGCUGGACCUACAGCUCACACCAGGAUGUGAAGGCCAAGCGGAGCCCCCACCUGGUGCCCUACAGCCUGCUGGAUGAGAGGAGCAGACAAUCUGGCAGAGACGGUGUGAGGGAGGCCGUGUGCACCCUGCUGUGCUACGGCUACAGUCUGGAGCCCCUGGACCAGGACAGAGGUGUUAUGCCAGACCCAUGUCACACAGCGGCUGAGAAGUUCAGGGUCUUCAGGGCAGACAAGUCGUAUGCUGUGACCAGGGGGAAGUGGUACUUUGAGUUUGAGGCGGUGACGGCAGGGGACAUGCGGGUAGGCUGGGCUCGUCCCCACUGCACACCGAAUGGGGAACUAGGAUCAGACAUGCAGGCUUUUGUGUUUGACGGCUCCAAGGCCCAGUGGUGUCACCAGGGAGGUGAGCCCCUGGGUCGGCCCUGGCAGAGUGGUGAUGUGGUGGGCUGUAUGGUUGACAUGGGAGAAUGCACCAUGAUGGUCACUCUCAAUGGAGAGGUGCUUUUGAACGACCGCGGAUCAGAGCUGGCUGCCAAGGACUUUGACAUCAACCAGGGCUUCCUCCCUGUGUGUAGUCUCGGGGUGAACCAGAAGGCCAGGCUGAAUCUGGGUCGUGACGUGGCCUCGCUGUGUUACUUCACAGUGUGUGGCCUACUGGAAGGUUAUAAGCCAUUUGCUGUCAACAUGGCCAGAGACCCAGCCCUGUGGAUGAGCUGGAGACAACCACAGUUCAUCCCUGUACAGACAGACCAUGAUAGCAUACAGGUGACAAGAAUCACUGGGUCCACUGAGAGCCCACCGUGCCUAAAGGUAACACAGAGGUCAUUGGGGCCCCAGAGUUGUGGCAGUGACAUGGGGUUCUACAGACUCAGUAUGCCUAUAGAGUGUGCUGAGGCCUUCUCCAGACCAGUAGGUGCUACUCUACCUAUCAGCAGCAGUGUCUCCACAGCCAGGAAAGACCUGCAGGAGUUUGAGGUGGACUCUGACUUUGAGAUGCUGCUGAAAUCAGCUCAUGUUUACACUGGCUCCAGGGAUGAGCUUAACCACAAGGACUACAGCCAUGAUAAAACAUCCAAACUCAAACAACGGUUCAUGUUGAAGAAAUCCAAACCAGAGUUGAACAAAAGCCACUCAUCUGCCCGUCUACUGCAGGAGGUUCAUGCUGACAAAGACGACUAUGACCAUCUGGCCCAGUCCACUACGUACUAUUACUCAGUGAGGGUGUUACCUGGUCAGGACCCCUCCACUGUCUGGGUGGGCUGGGUCACCUCUGACUUCCACCAGCACCAGCUGACCUUUGACCUGGAAAAGAUCCGCACAGUGACCGUCACCCUCGGAGAUGACAUGGGCAAGGUCCAUGAGAGUGUGAAACGUAGUAACUGCUACAUGGUGUGCGCCGGAGAGAGCACGGGCCUGGGGCAGAGCAGGAGGAGUGCAGGCCUGGCCAUAGGCUGUCUGAUAGACACCACCACUGGACUGCUAACAUUCAGCUCCAACGGCAUGGAGCUGGGGACCUUCUUUCAGGUGGAGCCCAGCACUAGGCUGUUUCCUGCAGUCUUUGCCAAGGCCAACAGCUCCAAUGUGUUCCAGUUUGAGCUAGGGCGCGUAAAGAACAUGCUGCCCCUGUCAGCGGGUCUGUUCAGGAGCCAGAGGAGGAAUGCUAUGCCCCAGUGUCCCCCCAGGCUGCAGGUGCAGGUGCUGUCGCCCAUCCUUUGGACCCGUGUACCAGACCACACCCUGAGGGUGCAGGCUGCCCACCCUGAUGACCGUCUCGGCUGGAGGGUCCAGUGCUUAGAGCCCCUGCAGGUCAUGACCCUGCUCAUCCCAGAGGAGAACAGGUGUGUGGACAUCCUGGAACUCUCUGAGUUAGGUGACCUUCUGUCUUUCCAUCACCACACCCUGCUCCUCUACUCUGCCCUCUGUGCUCUGGGCAAUACUCGUGUGGGCCACGCCCUCUGCAGCCACCUGGACCAAUCACAGCUCCUCUAUGCCAUUCAGAGCCCCCGCCUCCCCGGGCCGCUCCGCUCUGCCUUCUACCACCUCCUGGGCCAGGUGCACCUCAGCACCCACGCCACGGCCCGCCUCGCUAUGAACCACGAGUACAUCGUCCCCAUGACGGAGCAGACCAGAGCCAUCACCCUCUACCCCAGCCCCAGGACUAGUCGAAGCCCCCAGUGGGUUCCCAGAAUGGGCCUCAGCACCUCCCUCAGACCCCGGAUGCACUUCACCUCCCCCUGCUUCAUCAGAGGAGAUGGCAUGGGAGUCAAUGGUGAUACUUGUGGUGAUGGUGUGGUUGCAACUGGGGAAGGCAUUCAUAUAGACAGCCCAGAGAUCCCACUGGAACUUCUGAAGGACCUGACAGGGAAGAUGCUGACUGAGGCUGUGUGGGCUGUGGGGCAGGGUGUGAGGGAUCCUGAAGGGGGCAGCAUUGAGCUGCUGCUGGUGCCCCUAAUUCGGCUGUUCCACACCCUGCUGGUGAUGGGGUUGUUUGGGGACGAGGACCUAGGGAAGGUGCUGACACUGAUCGAGCCUGGAGUCUUCUCCCGACCUGCAGAAUGUUCCCCAGAAGAAGCGGAGGAGGAGCAGGAAGAGGAAGAGCAGGAGGAUGAAAAUGUGCCAGAUAGUGAUAGAGAAAGUGUGAUGGAGAGGGAGGGUGACAAAAGGAGGACAAUUCCAAAGCUUCCAACAAAAGGACUGCUUCAGAUGAAGCUACCAGAAGCUGUCAAACUUGAGAUCUGCCACCUGUUCCAAUACCUGUGUGACUGUCAGGUGCGUCACAGGGUGGAGGCGGUGGUGGCCUUCUCAGACACCUUCGUGGGGUACCUGCAGGAGAACCAGCACUUCCGCUACAACGAGGUGAUACAGGCUCUCCACAUGUCUGCUGCCCUCACCGCCCGCAAGACCAAGGAGUUCCGUUCCCCGCCACAAGAACAGAUCAACAUGUUACUGGGCUUCAGAGAGGAGCAGGGGGACUGUCCAUGUCCAGAGGACAUCAGAGAGCAGCUGCUGGACUUCCACCAGGACCUCAUGACUCACUGUGGAAUUGAAGUUGACCAUGACACAGAGGUUGUGGAGGAUUCCAAUCGCUCCAUCAAAGAUCGUCUCUUCAGCCUGGUUGGGAGAGUAAUCGGCUUGAAGAGGAGAUCUGCAGAUCCUGAAGAGGAAGACAGAGCACAGAAUACCAUGACUCUUCAGCAGCUCAUCUCUGACACGGUGGUGCGCUGGGCCCAGGAGUGUGUGAUAGAGAACCCAGCUCUGGUCAGGGCCAUGUUCUCUCUGCUGCACCGGCAGUACGAGGGCUUGGGGGGCCAGAUGGGCACUCCCCUCCACAAGGCCUACACCAUCAGCCAGGUGUCAGUGGAGGACACCAUGGCCUUGCUGGCCUCUCUGGUGCAGAUUCGCUCUCUGCUCAGCGUCCGCAUGGGCAAGGAGGAGGAGAGACUCAUGAUCCGGGGACUGGGAGACAUAAUGAACAACAAGGUGUUCUACCAGCACCCCAACCUGAUGAGGGUUCUGGGGAUGCACGAGACAGUCAUGGAGGUGAUGGUGAACGUCCUGGGGGAAGGGGAGACCAAGGAGAUCACCUUUCCUAAGAUGGUGGCCCAUUGCUGUCGCUUCCUUUGUUACUUCUGUCGCAUCAGUAGGCACAAUCAAGGGUCCAUGUUCGAGCACCUCAGCUACCUGUUGGAUAAUAGCAGUGUUGGCCUAGCAUCUCCGUCAAUGCGUGGAGCCACCCCUCUGGAUGUGGCAGCUGCCUCUGUCAUGGACAACAAUGAGCUGGCCCUGGCCCUGAGGGAACCAGACCUGGAAAAAGUGGUGCAGUACUUGGCAGGCUGUGGUCUACAGAGUUGUCGCAUGCUGGUGUCUAAAGGCUACCCUGACAUUGGUUGGAACCCUGUGGAGGGGGAACGCUACCUGGACUUCCUACGCUUUGCUGUCUUCUGCAACGGGGAGAGUGUGGAGGAGAAUGCCUACUUGGUGGUGAGGCUGCUGAUUCGCCGUCCGGAGUGUUUUGGCCCCGCCCUGCGAGGUGAGGGUGGCGAUGGUCUCCUGGCAGCCAUGGAGGAAGCCAUCAGGAUCUCAGAGGACCUGUCUAUGGACGGACCCUCCACGACCUAUGAGUCCAACAGAACACUGAACGUGCUGCAGGAUGAGGAGGAUGACAUAAUCCACAUGGGCCACUCCAUCAUGACCUUCUACUCCGCCCUCAUCGACCUGCUGGGCCGCUGUGCCCCGGAGAUGCACCUGAUCCAUGCUGGGAAGGGCGAGGCCAUCCGUAUCCGGGCCAUCCUGAGGUCCCUCAUCCCCAUCCAGGACCUGGAGGGAGUCAUCGGCAUCCCCUUCCAAAUCCCCUCUCUAGCAAAAGAUGGCACUGUAGUCGAACCAGACCCAUCCACUGUGUUCUGCCCGGACCACAAGGCAGCCAUGGUGCUGUUCCUGGACCGUGUGUAUGGCAUCGAGGACCAGAACUUCCUGCUCCACCUGCUGGAAGUGGGCUUCCUGCCAGACCUGCAGGCUGCGGCCUCUCUGGACACAACUGAUCUGAGUGCCACAGACAUGGCCCUGGCUCUGAACAGGUACCUAUGUACGGCUGUGCUGCCCCUGCUCACUAAGUGCUCCAGCCUGUUCUCUGGGACAGAGGGCCAGGGGCCGCUGGUGGAUGCUCUCCUCCAGGCCGUCUACCGCCUGUCCAGGGCCCUCAGCCUCACCAAGGCCCAGAGAGACGCCAUCGAGGACUGCAUGCUGGCUAUAUGCAGUAAGCUCAGGCCGUCCAUGAUGCAACCUCUACUCCGACGGCUUGUUUUUGAUGUGCCCCUUCUGACAAACCACACUAAAAUACCACUCAAGCUGUUGACCAAUCACUAUGAGCAGAGCUGGAAGUACUACUGUCUGAUUGGAGGUUUGGGGCACCUGGGCUCCGCCUCAGAGGAGGAGCUUCACCUCUCCAGGAAGUUGUUCUGGGGAGUGUUCAAUGCUCUGUCCAGGAAGCACUAUGACGCUGAGCUCUCCAGGCUGGCUCUGCAGUGUCUGGCAGCUGCAGCUGGAGCCCUCCCUCCUGACCACAUGGACCCUGGCUGUGUAGCCUGGAUGGAGAGACACCCCUCCAUGGAUGCACAGGGACACUUUGACCCCCAGCCUGUAGACACCUCCAAUGUGUCAGUACCAGAGAAACUGGAAUUUCUGGUGAAUAAAUAUGCAGAACACACCCAUGAGAAGUGGUCAAUGGACAAGUUUGCCAAUGGCUGGGUCCAUGGGGAGCUCUGUGAAAAGACCAAAGUACACCCUCUCUUGAAGCCUUACAGAGCUCUGGCUGAGAGGGACAAAGAGGCGUAUCGCUGGUCUGUAAAGGAGACAGUGCGAAGUAUGUUGGCCUUUGGCUGGACCAUAGAGAGAACUAAAGAGGGCGAUGGCCUUGGCCUACUCACCUGCUCACGCCGCAUCUCCCAGGCUGGACAGCUGUCGUUUGAAGGAGCAUCAACCUUCACCCCCAAGCCAAUGGACAUGAGCAGUGUGACACUCUCAUGGGACCAGUGUUCUGUGACUGAAUUGCUGGCUGAGAACUACCAUAACACCUGGUCCAGGAAGAAGAAGCAGGAAGUGGAUGCUAAAGGGGGAGGGGGUCAUUCUACGCUGGUGCCCUAUGAUACCCUCCCUACCAAGGAGAAAGCCAAACUGAGAGAGAAAGCCCAGGAAGUCCUGAAGUUCUUCCAGCUGAACGGCUACACAGUGUGGAGGGACAGAAAGGCAGCAGAGAUGGACUCACCAGCCAUAGCAAACCGUUUUGCCUACACUUUCCUACAGCAGCUCCUCUCGUACACAGAGGAGGCCCAAGAAUACAUGCAGGAGCUGGAGCUUAUGCAGGCAAGAGGUCCGAUACCAAUAGUAGAGGCUCCCCACCAACAGCAGAUUGACUUUUUCAGCAAGGUGGCGUUACCCCUUCUGGAGCAGUACCUGAAGAACCAUCGCCUCUACUUCCUUUCCACCGCAGCCAGAUCACGAGGCAACGGAGGUCAGGCCUCCAAUAAGGAGAAGGAGAUGGUCACCAGCCUGUUCUGCAAAUUGGGAGCUCUUGUCAGACAAAGGAUCUCUCUGUUUGGGAGCGAUGCACCUUCCAUUGUCAGCUGUCUUCUCAUACUGGCCCAGUCUCUGGAUGUCAGGACUUUGAUGAAGACUGCUCCAGAAUCAGCCAGGGUCUCACUACGGUCCUUCUUCGAGGCUGCAGCGGUGGACCUGGAGAUGACCGUGGAGAACCUCUCUAUGACCCAGAGCUGGACCCAGUCCAGAGAGGUGGCCCAGAUCCUGGACUACACCAAUACCGCCCUGCUGCCGACUCUCACCUCCAUUUUUGAACACCUCAGCCACAAUCAGUAUGGAGAGGACCUCUUGGUGGACAGUGUCCAGGUGUCCUGUUAUAAGAUCCUCAACAGCCUCCACUCACUUGGCAUCAGCAAAAGUUUCUACGUGGAGGGGCAGAGACCGUCAGCAGGAGCAUGUCUGGCAGCGCUGUCAGGGGCUUUCCCUGUGUGUUUCCUGGAGCCAGCUCUGAAUGAGGACAACCCGUACUCCAUCUACAACACCAUGAGCCCCAGAGAGCGAGAGGAUGUGGGAGUUCCGGACGAGGUGGAGGAGGUGUGUCCUCUCUUGCCAUCUCUGCAGCAGCUUCUGGGGGAGGUGGAGGAGCUGGCAGGGGCAGGCUCAGGGGCACGCCAGGCCCAGUACAGCCAUGUCACCGAGAUCACCCUACCCUUGCUCUGCAGCUACGUGUCCCGUUGGUGGCAGCAUGGUCCCGAGGGCCAGCUGGAGAGCCCGGUCUGCACCUCACUCACCUCCCAGCAUGCAAGCACACUGCUGGGCAACAUCCUCCGCAUCAUCCACAACCACCUGGGAACAGGCCAGGGAGACUGGAUGAAGCGCCUAGCAGUUUUCUCUCAGCCAAUCAUCUGCCAGGCCCACCCCCAGUUGCUGAGGAGCCACUUCCUGCCUCUGAUGGAGAAACUGAAGAAGAGGGCAGAAUCAGUGCUUCAGGAGGAGGAGCAGAUAAAGGCUGAGGGGAGGGCCGAUGCGUCUGAGGCGGAGUUACAGAUUCAGGAGAAAUUCAUUGUGCUGGUGCGAGACCUCUACGCCUUUUACCCUGUCCUCAUCCCAUUCGUGGACUACAAUAGAGCAAGUUGGCUACGGGAACCGAGCCAUGAGGCUGAGAAGAUGUUCGGCAUGGUGGCAGAGAUCUUCAUAUUCUGGACCAAGUCUCACAACUUCAAAUGGGAGGAACAGAACUAUGUGGUCCAGAAUGAGAUCAACAACAUGGCUUUCUUGGUCAAUAAUAACAAUCACAAAAUGUCCAAGGUGUCAGACCAGGAGAGGAGGAAGAUGAAGCGGAAAGGGGAUCGCUACUCCACACAGACCUCUCUCAUCGUAGCCUCCCUGAAGAGAUUGCUUCCUGUGGGACUGAGUGUGUGUUCCCCAGCAGUCCGCGGCCUUAUCACACUGGCCAAGAGCCGCUUCACUCAGAAGGACACAGAGGACGAGAUUCGAGAGAGCAUUCAUAAUGGCCUGCUACGUCUUCAGAGCAAACAGGAGGCCCCAGGGGCUCGGUGGCAGGAUGUCCUGUUCAGGGACUUCCCAGGCUCCACACGGGACACCUCGGACCCUCUGAGGACAGUAGAAAGGGUCCUGGACAUUGCUUGCGUGCUUUACCACCUGGACCAGGUAGAGCAUCCCCAGAGGAAGAAGACAGUGUGGCACAAGGUGUUAUCCAAACAGAGGAAGAGAGCUGUGGUGGCCUGCCUUAGAAUGGCUCCUCUCUACAACCUACCCAGGCACCGGGCUGUCAACCUCUUUCUACAGGGCUAUGACAAGUCCUGGAUAUCUGCUGAGGAGCACUCCUUUGAGGAAAAGUUGGUUGACGAUUUGGCUAGAGCUGGAAAGCAGGAACGUUCUGAGAGAGAGGAGGAAGGGGCAGGAGAGGACGAUGACAAACAGAUUGAUCCGCUCCUGCAGCUCAUCACACUGUUCAGUCGGAGUGCUCUGACCGAGAGGAGUAAGCUUGGCGAUGACAGUCUUUACAUGUCCUAUGCUGCCAUAAUGGCAAAGAGUUGCUGUGGUGAAGAGGAUGAGGAGGUGAAAAGCUUUGAAGAGAAGGAGAUGGAGAAACAGAAGCUGUUGUAUCAGCAGGCCAGGCUGCAUGACCGUGGAGCUGCUCAGAUGGUCCUCCAGACUAUCAGUGCUAGUAAAGGUGACAUGGGGUCCAUGGUGGCCUCCACUCUGAAGCUUGGUAUUUCUAUUCUGAAUGGAGGAAAUACCACUGUUCAGCAGAAAAUGUUGGAUUACCUGAAAGAGAAGAGGGAUGUGGGUUUCUUCCAGAGUGUGGCAGGACUCAUGCAGUCUUGUAGUGUGCUGGAUUUGAAUGCGUUUGAGAGGCAGAACAAAGCCGAAGGAUUAGGGAUGGUCAUCGAGGAGAGCUCAGGGGAGAAGGUUAUGCCUGACGAGAAGUUGACCUGUGAUCUUUUUCGCUUCCUACAGCUCCUCUGUGAAGGACACAACUCAGAUUUUCAGAAUUAUUUGAGAACACAAACAGGAAACAACACGACUGUGAACAUCAUUAUAUCCACUGUGGACUACCUUCUCAGAGUGCAGGAGUCGAUAAGUGAUUUCUACUGGUAUUACUCUGGAAAGGAUGUGAUUGACGAACAUGGCCAGCGUAACUUCUCCAAGGCCAUCAGUGUGGCCAAACAGGUCUUCAACUCUCUCACAGAGUACAUCCAGGGGCCGUGUACUGGUAACCAGCAGAGUCUGGCCCACAGUCGCCUAUGGGAUGCGGUGGUGGGCUUUCUCCAUGUCUUUGCUCACAUGCAGAUGAAGCUGUCUCAGGAUUCCAGCCAAAUUGAACUUCUGAAAGAAUUGAUGGAUUUGCAAAAGGACAUGGUUGUUAUGUUGUUGUCCAUGUUAGAAGGUAACGUGGUAAAUGGAACAAUUGGCAAGCAGAUGGUGGACAUGUUGGUGGAAUCAUCUAGCAAUGUUGAGAUGAUCCUAAAGUUCUUCGACAUGUUCCUCAAACUCAAAGACCUGACCUCAUCUGACGCAUUCAAAGAGUAUGAUCACGACGGCAAAGGUCGCAUCUCCAAGAAGGACUUCCAGAAGGCCAUGGAGGCCUACAAGCGCUACUCUCAAUCCGAGACCCAGUUCCUCCUCUCCUGCACGGAGACGGAUGAAAGCGAGCUCCUGGAUUAUGAGGCCUUCGUGGAUCGCUUCCACGAGCCAGCCAAAGACAUUGGCUUCAACAUUGCUGUUCUCCUAACCAACCUGUCUGAGCACAUGCCUCACGAUUCACGUCUUGGUACCUUUCUGCAGCUUGCAGAGUGUGUUCUGAGCUACUUCCAGCCCUACCUGGGCCGUAUUGAGAUCCUUGGCAGUGGCAAGCGCAUCGAGAGGGUCUACUUUGAGAUCAGCGAGUCCAGCCGCACGCAGUGGGAGAAGCCUCAGGUCAAAGAGUCCAAGAGACAGUUCAUAUUUGACGUGGUCAAUGAGGGCGACGGGAAAGAGAAGAUGGAGAUGUUUGUCAACUUCUGCGAAGACACCAUUUUUGAGAUGCAGCUGGCUGCCCAGAUAUCAGGGACAGACACUGGGGAGAGGACCGCAGGCAAAGAGGCUGAAGAAGAGGAAGAAAAAGACAGGGGGAAGAAUGACGAGGAGUUGGAAAGAUCCAAAAUGGGAUUUUUCUCCAUGUCCACAAUAUGGCUCAUCGUCUUCGCUCUACCCUAUGGCUUGAUGAUGCUGAUGUCUAUGCUCUCUGUGAAAAACCUGAAGAAGCAUAUUAAGAAGACAACUCUGAGGGAUGUAGUCAUGGUAUUUGCUUCCUUUUUCCAGGCCAUGAUCAUGGGUCUGGUCCACUUUGUCUGUUCUGUAGUUCGCUUCUUCUUAUAUGUACUGUACAUAGUUUUUGUAAGUGGAGGACUCAUAGAGGGGGCCAAGAAGAUAAGGGUGUUCGACCUUUUUGGAGGCAUCCUUGACCCAACACUUGAUGAGGUCACAGGGGGGUCAGGGGGUUACAGGGAGAGGAGAUACAGCACAAGGUCCUCCUCCCGGGACGAGCUGAGGGUGCUGGGCCAGUCAACAGUUUCCUCCAGUGACACCAAUGUCCUGUCAGACAUUUUCGGUCUGCGAGUGAGGAGAGAAGGAGGUCAAUACAGACUAAUGACUCAUGACUUAACAGCCAGUCUGACUGACCUGUUCAACACAGCCACUGGCCAACAAUCCCCUGCUGAGCCCAAUGGGAAAGACCAGGUUGAAGGUGCCAGAGAAGGAGAUAGUAAAGAAGGAGAAGAGAAAAAGUCAGAGUUGGAGAAAGCAGAAAGGGAAGAUUCUGAGAAGGAGGCGAAGGCUAAACGGAGAGUUAGGAUAUGCUCCAGCAAACCUGAGGAGCCAGAGCCUCAGGAAUCAGCCUUCUGGGAAAUGAUAACCACUCACCAGAAGAGACUGUUGAAUUACUUUGCGAGAAAUUUCUACAACAUGCGGAUGCUGGCUUUGUUUGUUGCUUUCUCUAUCAACUUCAUUCUCCUUUUCUACAAGGUGUCAUCAUCCUCUUCUGUAAGUGAGGAAGAGGAGAAGGUGGCAGUGCUCUACGACAGCUCAGGCGGCAUGGAUGAAGAAGACCCCUUGGUCAAUGACAACACCUCAGGCAGUAUGCAGUUUGUCCUGGAGGAGAGCACUGGUUACAUGGAGCCCUCUCUCCGCUUCCUGUCCGUCGCUCACACCCUCAUCUCUUUCUGCUGUAUCAUUGGCUACUACUGCUUGAAGGUCCCGCUGGUUAUUUUUAAGCGGGAGAAAGACGUGGCGAGGAAGAUGGAGUUUGACGGUCUCUAUGUCACUGAGCAGCCACCUGAUGAGGACAUCAAAGGCCAAUGGGACAGGCUUGUCAUCACCACACAAUCAUUUCCCAGUAAUUACUGGGAUAAAUUUGUGAAAAGGAAGGUGAUGGACAAGUAUGGGAAGUUUUAUGGUUGUGACCGCAUCAGUGAGCUGCUGGGGCUGGAUAAGGCUGCUCUCGACUUCAGCUCCGAGGGACAGGAGAGGAGAAGACCCAGGAGAGAGGGAGCCUGGACUGCUCUAUUAAACUCAAUUGAUGUCAAGUAUCAGGUGUGGAAACUAGGAGUAGUGUUCACUGACAACUCCUUCCUGUACCUGGCAUGGUAUAUGACCAUGUCUGUCCUGGGCCACUAUAAUAACUUCUUCUUCGCUGCUCACCUGUUGGAUAUUGCCAUGGGCUUUAAGACCCUAAGAACCAUCCUGACCUCUGUUACCCACAAUGGCAAACAGUUGGUCCUGACUUUGGGGCUGCUGGCAGUGGUGGUGUAUCUCUACACCGUGGUGGCCUUCAACUUCUUCCGCAAGUUCUACAACAAGAGUGAAGAUGGAGUAGCUCUGGACAUGAAAUGUGACGACAUGCUCACUUGCUAUAUGUUCCACAUGUAUGUGGGCGUGCGAGCGGGGGGUGGCAUCGGUGACGAGAUUGAGGACCCGGCCGGGGACGAGUUUGAGGUGGUCAGGAUCAUCUUUGACAUCACCUUCUUCUUCUUUGUCAUCGUCAUCCUCCUGGCCAUCAUUCAGGGUUUGAUAAUUGAUGCCUUUGGGGAGCUCCGUGACCAGCAGGAGCAGGUGAAAGAGGACAUGGAGACCAAGUGUUUCAUCUGUGGAAUCGGGAAUGACUACUUGGACAAUGUGCCCCAUGGAUUCGAAACACACACUCUUCAGGAACACAACUUGGCCAACUAUCUAUUCUUUGUGAUGUACCUCAUUAACAAAGAUGAAACAGAACACACGGGCCAGGAAUCCUACGUAUGGAAAAUGUACCAGGAGCGAUGCUGGGAAUUCUUUCCUGUUGGUGACUGUUUCCGUAAACAGUAUGAAGACCAGCUCUGCUGAAGGGAUGUGGGAUAUCUGAUGUGUGUCAUGAUAACAUCAUCAUAUAGGAUGACAUAGUGCCUUCAGAAAGUAUUCACAUCCCUUGACUUAUUUCACAUUUUGUUGUCACAGCCCAAAUGUUAUAUUGAUAAAAUUUCGAUUUUGUGUCACUGGCCUAUACACACUACCCCAUAAUGAAGAAGUUGAAUUAUGUUUUUCAACAUGUUACACAUUAAUUACAAAUGAAAAGCUGAAAUGUCUUGAGUCAAUAAGUAUUCAACCCCUUUCUUAAGGCAAGCCUAAAUGAGUUCAGGAGUGAAAAUGUGCUUAACAAGUCGCAUAUAAGUUGCAUGGACUCACUCUGUGUGCAACAAUAGUGUUUAACAUGCUUUUUGAAUGACUACCUCAGCUCUGUACCAAACAAAUACAAUAAUCUGUAAGAUCCCUCAGUCGAGCAGUGAAUUUCAAGCACAGAUUCAACCACAAAGACCUGGAAGGUUUUCCAAUGCCUCGCAAAGAAGGGCACCUAUUGGUAGAUGGAUAAAAAUGCAAUAAAAAGCAGACAUUGAAUAUCCUUUUGAGCAGGGUGAAGUCAUUAUUACCGUUUGGAUUGUGUAUCAAUACACCCAGUCACUAAAAAUAUACAGGCAUCCUUCCUAACUCAGUUGCCAGAGAGGAAGGAAACCGCUCAGGGAUUUCACCAUGAGGCCAAUUGUGACUUUAAAACAGUUACAGAAUUUUGGCAAAUGUUUUUAACUUUAUGUCCAGAAAACAAAGUGUUAUGUUUGGGGCAAGUCCAACAUAGCACAUCACUGAGUACCAGUCUUUAUAUUUUCAAGCAUGUUGGUGGCUGCAUCAUGUUAUGGGUAUGCUUGUCAUCAGCAAGGACUGGAGUUUUUAUGAAACAAAGAAACGGAAUAGAGCUAAGCAAAGGCAAAAUCCUAGGUUUUUGGCCUGUUAUUGACCUAGUUACAGUUUUGACUUAAAUCUACUUGAAAAUGUAUGGAAAUACCUGAAAAUGGUUGUCUAGCAAUGAUCAACAACCAAUUUGACAGCUUGAGGAAUUUAAAAAUAGUAAAUGGCAAAUGUUGCACAAUCCAUGUGUGGAAAGGUCUUACAGACUUACCCAGAAAGACUCUCAGGUGUAAUCAAUGCCAAAGGUGAGUCAGGGGUGUGAAUACUUUUGUAAAUUAGAUAUUUCUGUAUUGAUUUUUAAAUACAUUUGCUAACACUAAAAAUAAAAUAAAAAAAACAUGUUUUCACUUUGUCAUUAUGGAUUAUUGUGUGUAGAUGUGUGAGAAACAUAUAUUUAAUCAAUUUUGAAUUCAGGAUGUAACACAACAACAUGUGGAAUAAGUCAAGGGGUAUGAAUACUUUCUGAAGGUACUUUGGAAUGAGUCACAAACUCACCUUAAAUAUGGUAUGCACUGAAGUCAUCUACUGAAUAUUAUCAACUGGGUGGUUCGAGCCCUGAGUGCUGAUUGGCUGACAGCCAUGGUAUAUUUUUUAUUGUAUUUUUAUUUAACCUUCAUUUAACUAGGCAAGUCAGUUAAGAACAACUUGUCAUUUACAAUGACGGCCUACCAAAAGGCAAAAUGCCUCCUGUGAGGACAGGGGGCUGGGAUUAAAAAUAAAACAAAUAUAGGACAAAACAUGCAUCACGACAAGAGAGACAACACUACAUAAAGAGAGACCUAAGACAACAACAGCAUGGCAGCAACACAACAUGACAAUAUGGUACUGUAGCAACACAACAUGGUAGCAGCACAAAACAUGGUACAAACAUUAUUGGGCACAGACAACAGCACAAAGGGCAAGAAGGUAGAGGCAACAAUACAUCACGCGUAGCAGCCGCAACUGUCAGUAAGCGUGUCCAUGAUUGAGUCUUUAAAUGAAGAGAUGGAGAUAAAACUGUCCAGUUUGAGUGUUUGUUGCAGCUCGUUCCAGUUGCUAGCUGCAGCGAACUGAAAAAAGUAGCAACCCAGGGAUGUAUGCGAUUUGGGGACCUUUAACAGAAUGUGACUGGCAGAACAGGUGUUGUAUGUGGAGGAUGAGGACUUCAGUAGGUAUCUUAGAUAGGGGGAGUGAGGCCUAAGAGGAUUUUAUAAUAAGCAUCAACCAGUGGGUCAUGCGACGGGUAUACAUAGAUGACCAGUUCACAGAGGAGUAUAGAGUGCAGUGAUGUGUCCUAUAGGAAGCAUUGGUGGCAAAUCUGAUGGCCGAAUGGCAAAGAACAUCUAGCCGCUUGAGAGCAACCUUACCUGCCGAUCUAUAAACUAUGUCUCCGUAAUCUAGCAUGGGUAGGAUGGUCAUCUGAAUAAGGGUUAGGUUGGCAGCUGGGAUGAAUCAAA